GGAGGGUCCGGUGCGGCGCAGGCGCAGUGAGUUUGUAGAGACCGGGCGGGAAGAUGGCGUACCAGACGUUGCAGCAGGAAUACCUGCAGAUCCCGGUGGUGACGAGGGCCUACACCACCGCCUGCGUCCUCACCACCGCCGCCGUGCAAUUAGAAAUCAUCACCCCCUUCCAGUUGUACUUCAAUCCAGAAUUAAUAUUUAAGCACUAUCAAGUAUGGAGGUUAAUCACAAAUUUCCUAUUUUUUGGCACAGUGGGAUUUAACUUUUUAUUUAAUAUGAUUUUCUUGUACAGGUACUGUCGAAUGCUUGAAGAAGGAUCCUUCAGAGGCCGAACAGCAGACUUUGUCUUUAUGUUUCUCUUUGGUGGAUUUUUAAUGACCAUCUUCGGCCUGUUUGUGAAUCUGGUGUUCCUGGGUCAGGCCUUCACUAUAAUGUUGGUGUACAUAUGGAGCAGGAGGAAUCCAUAUGUCAGGAUGAAUUUCUUUGGACUUCUCAACUUCCAGGCUCCCUUCCUGCCCUGGGUGCUGAUGGGCUUCUCCCUCUUACUGGGCAAUUCCAUCAUUGUGGAUUUGUUGGGGAUUGCUGUCGGCCAUAUAUAUUACUUUUUGGAAGAUGUCUUUCCAAACCAACCUGGAGGAGGAAGGCUGCUCAGAACUCCGGGGAUUUUGAAAGCCGUGUUUGAUACUCCUGACGAGGAUCCGAACUACAAUCCGCUGCCUGAAGAUCGGCCCGGGGGCUUUAACUGGGGGGAAGGACAGCGUCUCGGGGGCUAGCAACAACCGGACUGCUAUCCUGCGGCUGCGCACCCACCCCCAGGAUGUGCACGAUCUCUGAUCUUUCCCCAAUGGACCACCGACUCUGUACCUCUGUUCUCCCUUCCUCCAUCCCACCCCAAGAAAUGGGGCCUUGCAGGUUGCUGAGUGAACCCACCAAGCGAGCGAGCAAGUGAAGCACUUUUCACUGGGUAUUUGCAAAUUCCUGAGGGCGAUGUGCGAUUGUCCAACAGUGCCUGAGACAUCCGGCUGGCGUUACACUGGCAGACGUGAUGUUUCCACCAGACUCCUUCCAUCUCACAACUGGGAAUCGGGUGUUCAAUUCAGUUGUGUCUCAGAGGAUAAGAACUGAGUUACACUCGUCCCAGUUGUCCCCACAAACACAGUUCUUUUGUACACCUGAGACCUUUUAUGAAGAGCUACUGAGGAUUCCGCUUUUACCUUUUUAUAUAAAAAUGUAUUUCAGUUUUACAAUAGAAGCAGAACCUGUGGUCAGACUCGCUCACUCCACAGACCUCUCUCACACACAUACACCGCUGAACACUUGUUUCCAGAAACAAUGAGUAAAACUCUUGAUAGCUGGUGCGUGCGGGGCAGCUGUGUGGGAUUCAUCCCCUGCAACGACCGAGCACAGUAACCUUUCUGUGAAGGUUCAGUUCAGUGGCAUGCACAGUGGCAGCAUGUAGCUGCGCUGAUCACAUCACCUGCUCCUCAGUCACCCCAACAGUUGAGCACCUGUUACUGUUAAUGCUGCAGACGUCUACAUGUGAAACAAGUGUGAUAUGUUAAAUGCUUCAGAAAUGCAGCUUCUUUGUUGCUCUGUUUGCUCGCACACAGAGUUGUAUUCCAGCAGUGAUCAUUAACAGGCUGGCUACAAUUGAUAAAAACUAACAUUUUCUAUGGAAAAGUUGUACUUUAUCCCAAUAUCUUUUGUAAUCUUGAAAUCCUAAUAACUGUCCUCAGAAUGUAUUGUGUACGCAUCAUUGCCAGAUUUUUAUUAUAAAUUGACAGAGUUUUAUCUGUUGGGCUAUAAGGAGAAGCCGACUUGUUCUGUGUUCUGUGCCAAAACUUGAUUUUGGAUUUGUUUAGAGGGGAAAGGAGCAUUUUAAACUUAUAAUUUAAUCGUCUUUAGUUGGAGCAUUCUGAUAGUGAAACUGAUCUAGUAUAAUGGACACUAUUAAACGGUGGCUGUGCUCUUUAUAAAUGUA